AUGACUGAACUGAUUUGUCAAACAGUGAUAAACGAAGAAGAUGGAGGUGCAGGUGACCCCCUCAGGAUGACGACAAAGCUGAAAGAAGGUAAAGCUGUUCGCGCUUGUACAGAAUGGUGGUUUUAUCGAAAAUGUGUCCUUGUCUGUCUUAACUAAUGUUGCAGAUGCUUUUCUUCUAAUUAUUAUUUUCGUGGGGCUGUGAGUUUGUAGGUUUGUUUGUCUAUUUUGCAUGAUUUCUUGAUUUUUUUUUGGUGACUAAAGCUCUAAAACUCCGUAAUUCCGGCACUCAGGCCAUUCAUCACCAUACCAUCGAGACAGCCCGGUUGCCGAAUUCAAGCCACGAUAUGAGUGGUAUUUGAUUCAUUGCGGCAAAAUUACUAGCUGCUUACUUAUAUCCCCCCAGGCUGUAAUUAGUGACAACCGUUUUAAAAUACCGUCUUGUGAAUGAAAGAAAGCCAGUAAAGCUGAUUUACCCAGCAGGAUAGUAUCAUGGAAACGAAGAAAUGCACAUAAGGGGGUUAGGAAAGGUUGAAAAGCUGAGCGAGUGUUAUGCCUUUGAAGAAGCAAAGCAAAUUUUUUUCAUUCAUUCUAGUGAUAUCUAACCAACACCGUUCUAGUAAUGUAUUGACACGUAAGCACGUUAAGCCAACAAUGAUCCUCUUUGUUCCGAAGAAUAUCAAACAUUUUAAACUCCAACUUCUCAAACUUCCGAUACAGCGAUUUAUUUGCCUUUAUCAGCAUGUAGUUGACAGUCAAUCAUUACCCGCCAACGUACUGUAAAAGCCGUCUACUAUUUGUUAGCAAUGCAAGGUAAACGCAUGCAUGUCUGCUAAGGCAAACAUGCGUGCACACUUUGAAGUUUUUAAGUACUUUAAGUUAUAAUUAAGUUAAUCUGAUGUAAUCAUACAUCUUAAAAAAACAGACCCUUACAAAUUUAAACCGGACCGAUAAGUUUCUGAUUUUUCUUUCAAAUACCAAAAUCCGAGAGAAUGAUAGACCCGACAGACUGGUGCUUGGCGGUCAAAAAAAGUCCCUUUUUCGGUGAAAGCAUGCAAUAAUGCUUUUUUUCAACGCCGUGCAUGACUGAAUCCCCAUCACAGUUUCCUCUUACUUCGUAAAAAAUUUACCCUAAAAAAAAAAAAUAAUAAAAAACUGAAAACCUAUCAUUUCAUUUUCGGUUGGUGGUGUUGUAGUUCUUAGACUGAGGUAAUUUAGAAUAAAAGGAGUUUCAGUUAAAUUAGGUCAUAUUUCCAUCCAUCUAUUCCAGUCACCUGAAUCUCCUAGGCCCAAUUCGACAAUAAUAGGACUUAAUUUAGAGCUUUGGUUUUAUAUGAAAUUUUCAUGAAUUUAUACAGGCGAUGUUAUGUCUUCUAGCUUUGGUUAAUUCUUACAAGCAAAUUUCAUGUCUCCCUGACGUACAGGUGAAGUAAAAAUCGAACGCCUCCUUGAACAAUUUCCAGAGGAUACGGUGGAAGAGAUUAAAGAUGUCAUUACAGCUGAAAACUUAUGCUCCUGUCAAAAUCCCUGGAAAACAUCCUUUCAGGUAAGUCAAUCCAAUAAGGGAAUAGUAAGUACGAGGCCAAUAACGAAAAAACAAAAACACGUAGGGUCAAAGAGGCUAUCCAUAUAAGACUUCAUCCCAACAACAUCGAUAGAGAUAGCGGAAUCGACAAUUCCGAAGCUUGGAUACCCACGAUCAAACAACACAACAGCCGAUUUAUGAGGACCUAUGAGGGAACACCAUCUAACAACCGGAAUAAUACUAAGAAAUCGAAACUAAUCGAAAUGCACCAAUAACUGCAUAUCAACGUGCUACAAAUAGUGACAAGUAAACAAUAGACCUCGUCGCCUGAUGAAGACUAGCAGUAUUUCAGUCGAAACGUCGCGAUCUACAUCAAAAGUGACUCUAUCGUGAGACAAACGAAUAAAGUUCGUCUCCUAUCUUACACCACGAUGAACAAUAAGCACAUAUAUUAUUAAAAGGUUUAACUGAAGUUGACUCAAUGUCAUUUAGUGAUAGUUAAACCAAACGACUUCGAGGAACCUUGUUUUAUUUAUCCGCAGGUAUUUUUAUAUAUAUAUAUAUACAUAUAUAUAUAUAUAUAUACAUAUAUAUAUAUAUAUAUAUAUAUAUAUAUAUAUAUAUAUAUAUAUAUAUAUAUACAUAUAUAUAGGAAGUCUGCAAGUCGAUAUAUAUAUAAACAUAUAUACACAUAUAAUAUACAUAUAUUAUAGCCUAUGCUGGGAGCAGAAUGUUAAGGUCGUUUCAGUGGAUAUUCGGCGACUUAUUUAACAAAUAGAGAAGCCUUGUCUCUGCCCUGUUCUGUUGUAAAGCACGCAAGAAGCGAUUAGAGCACGAAAGAAGUGUGGAGAGAAACACUCGACCACGUCUCGUCUUUCUCCCCACUUCUUGAGUGCUUUAGCCGCUUCCUAAGUGCUUUACAAUAGAACAGAGCACAGUCAAGGUUUCUCUGUUUGUUUUAUAGUAAAGAAUCUGUUAAAUUCUCCACGUAUGCUUUCAAUUUUCCAAACAAACUUUAUUCUAAAGUGAACAACAGUGUCGUCAGCAUGCUCUAUACUCUCAUAGAGCACGUUAUAAUGAGCCAAUCAGAAUUCCUGUUAGAAUGGCUCAAACAAUCUAAUUGGCUGUACAAGAUUGAAGCUGUCAAAAAUGUUAGAGCAUCAAAGUUAAAAAAACCAUCACAGUUCAUAUUCCACAAUAGUUUACAAACUUAAUAGUAUAGCAGGUCGAAUUUAACUCUUUCUCUUGGAGCCUUUUAGUCUCUAAUACAGAAUCUGAAAGUGAAAUGUUAAGUGAAAUCCGGCCAAAUUGUGGCUCAUAAAAACACGCAAGUUUUUUACGGAUAACAAUUAGAAAACAAACUAUUCAAGCGUGUGUUUAAUGAAUGAACGACAGCCGAAUUUACCGGAAUAUGAAGAUUGCUUGGGAUGACAGCGCCGUAAAACUCGGCAUCAGUGUCUUAUGUGGCCUUCCACUCAACGCCUCGGAAAGGAUAUCAGAGCAAGCUCUUAGUUGUACUCUCGAAGGGCGGCCGAUGUAAUUUCUGACGCUUAAUUGAAUGUGAUGACCGGAGAUCGCCAUGAUCAGCUAGCCGCAUUGGAUCUCAACAUGACACCGUUAUGAUUAGUACGAGUUUUAACAGUUACGCCAGUUUGGCUAUAUUUUUUAUCAUUCCUAUUUUGUUCUGUUUUGUUUUUGAACACGAAACUAUACAUACUACACGAGUGUUAGCUGCCUUUGAUUUUUAUUACCCUAAGUAAGCUUGCAAUCUAACCGAGUGUGAAAACCUUCAAAACUCCGACUGUCCAUUUCGUUUACUCUUUGAGGAUUCUCGUCUCUGCUCACGUUAUAAUAACGUCAAUUACGGCGCCUGGCAUUUUUACAAACCUUUGUUUGGUUCUUCUGUUGCUAUUUGCCGAUUUGCCUGUUCGGAAAUUUCACUUUCAACGACAGAAAAAUAACUAGGGAAAAGUCCUGGAGAAAGCCGGAUAUACUACAAUUUGGCAGAUAACGUGACAGUCUUAGUUCAGCUCUAUGCUCUAUACUCUCAUAGAGCACGCUCUUUCAACCAAUGACAGCGCGCGUUACAUCCGAACUUUAUUAUAAAAUAACUGAUAUAAAGCGGAAAGUCCUUAACGCUGUGAAGACGUUGUCCGUUUCUGGAACUGCUUGCGAAAAGGUGUUUCCACCAGGAAUCCAACUAAUUAAUACUAGGUAACAGAGGACUGGGGAUAACAAAUGAUAGAGCGGUCUAUAUACCGAGUGUUGUAAGACCAGAUUUAAUAGGUCAGUGGCAAUUAUCGCUUCCAAUUAAAACAGAGGAGCAUCUCUAACGAUCACUACUUCAAGUUCAAUUGCAAGGAUUCAAAUUUAAAAAGACCAAACUUUUAAAUAGUUUUUUUUGCCAUCUUAACAAUAGUGUAAUGCAAAGCUCAAGAAAGUUGCCCAAGAACGAGAUGAGAACGCGGAAAUCCUCAACAAUUUGGCGGGAAAGGUUCAAGACUUCUCCGUUGCGUUGAUGGACCAAGUAACCCCAACAGAGGAAAAAUCCAUUGUUAACAAUGCAUCUUUACUUGAUAGUAUAACUCAGCCAGCAAUUGACUACCAACAGAAGAAGGUGAGUGAAGUUCCUGUUAUUAUUGUCUGUUAUCAUUAUCCUCAGUGUGAUUUUUAUUGUUAUUGUAUCCGGCAAUCAAUGUGAUGAUUAUUGUUGCACUUAUUCUUCGACAUUUCCGUUUGUCGUUGCUUGUGUCAGUAAUUCUUGUAUCAAAGGGGAAUAACUGAUAAACUGAAAACUUCAAUAAGCCAGCAGGACUAGUCACAUAGUUAAUUCUCCUGAAAGUAUGUCAUUUAUCCAGACAUGUUAUCCUGUGGUACCUGUCGUACGCAACAACUGACAUCUGUUCACGCGCUCGCACGUGAGAUAAUUCGAAUAAAUUUAUAUCAGUAUGGGACAGUUAAGAAUCAAUCAGUGGUUUGGGUACGGAAUGGCUCAAACUUGGAUACGAAACGACUCAACCUUAGGUACGAAUCGACUACAUUUGGGUACAAAACGACUGGGUACGAAACGACCACGGGUAAAGAAUGACCGCACACCAUUUUUUCUAGCUUUGCAAUGUAAAAAUUAGUCAGUACACUAGCCCAUACACUCUUCUCAGCCGCUCGGGAUAUUACUUGAGCUCGCUGUUAGUCCAUCAAGGGACGAACAAGACCGACGAGUCAUCUAAGGGGUAGGAUAUUAGUCUGGGCGGGGUGAUCUUCUGCCGUAAAUGUGAAGUUAGCUGAUUAUUCCAAUCCAAGAGAGUAGGCAGGGGAUGGUGGAUACGGAUGGCGGCCUCAACAUACCCCAUGACGUCUUGGCAUUAAUCUAACGUAUACCUUACCAAUUCCCUCACAUCUAAUUAUUUACAGUUUAUUUCUCAUCGACUGGUGUACAGACUGUUUAAAAUUAGAUGGAAGCGGGGUUUGCCAUCCAAAUAUCGACAAGGAAUGAAGGCGAGAUUGACGGUGAUUUCAUUCACCAUACUGGAGACGAUUUUGACUCCCAUUUUACUUCCCCUCAUUGCCUAUUUUUCCUACAAGGAUCAGACAUGUCUGGAGAGAAAAAUGCUCAGAGGUAUGGACACUUCCUUCGAAAACAGCCAUUGCGCAACUUCGGAAGGCCUACUCUAGGGCCUUGGCACACAUAUAGUUUGGUGACUGUAAAAGAGAACUUCUACUUCACGGCUCUUUUUUAAAUAGAAAAUAACUGAAAUCUCCAAACAAGAUAAGUUCAUAAAUACCAGAAUACCGGCCUGUAUCAGAUUACCAUACUUAAGAAGAUCAAAGAUUAACUACUACCUAAGUAAUUUAAAAGUCUUUUUUAAGGACGAGCAGCUUUGCAAACUCAGGGUCUUACCUAAGGCCGGAGGGAGUUCGUCACGACUACUGUUUACCGCACAAGUAGCCAUAUACUUUUAUAUCCACACCUAUUCUUUUCGACUUAUUCCAUAGUCUUUAGCCUUUAAACACAUGUGUAUGCAUAAUACCAGAAAUGAUAUGGACUCCCAUUCAUCUAAUAAUCUACAUUUCGAGAUUUCUUUCUUUGCUUUUCGGGUAAUACCUAAGGAAACUGUUCAUAUCACCUGGGUCCAAGCUUAAAAUAGAUAUUUCAUGCUAACACAGUUACGAUAUUAUAAAUAGCUUUAUCACUUUCACAAAAGAUCUUUUGAACUAAUUCAUUUUUUAUUUAUAAUGUAAAAAGAAGACUUGAGACUUUCUUGUAAAUUAUUUUUUUGUGAUCACUCGCCUUUGUCACGUACAAUCACUACAGGAAACGCUUUAUGUACUAUCUUUUUUUCUCUUUCAGAUCUGUACUUGAAUUACUUGAGAACACCGUUCGUAAUUUCUAUAAAGGACCGACUCAGUCAAGUUGUCCACUUAGGGCUACACUUUAGAUUAUGUGUUCUCGCCUCGUCCGUCUCCGUGAGAACCGAGGAAUGGCUAACACUGAUAUUCUACAUAGGCUUCAUGUUGUCUGAAUAUCAACAGUACCGGAGUUCUAAAAGCGCUAAAGAAAAACGAGUUCGAGUUUACCUACGGUUAGUAAGAUGACCGGGACAGUCUUUUAGACGCUCUGUGUCUGUUGGUCCUAAAAGCAAUUAUAUUUGUUAUUAAUGGAAAUCUUUCCCCUCCCCCAUAGCUCGCCUUACAUCAGCUAACGAUUUGGCUGGUCUGCUGUUUUUGAUAGAGUGACAUUCGUCUGUUUGAUCAUUUUUCACCGUUGAGGUUAACGGAGUAGAAGUUGGUCCGAAAUUUCUUACUGUCGAUAGGCUUUUGCUUAUUUGCUUUCAUAUUUGCAGUGAUUAUCUCUUUGACUGACAUAAAUACCAUCAGAAGAGAGUUUUGAGAUGCUCACCUAGGACUUCAUGUCAAAUAUGUAGAUAAAUUUACUUACUUCUUCUUCUGCAGAAAUAUGUGGAAUUACGUUGAUAUGGUAAUCCUGGGUUUGUUCUUUAUGAUGCUUGUUCUUCGAUGCUUUACUUUAAACGAAACAGACCCAUAUCAGAGUCGAUUAUUACAAGUGGUCAACAUCCUAUAUGGCAUCAGUACUCUUCUUCUGACUCUAAGGUUCUCGAGCAUUCUGGAGGUGAACAAAACAGUUGGACCUCUUCAGCUUGCUCUGUUCCGAAUGUGUAUCGACUUACUGAUCAUUUUGACGCAGUUCUCUUUCGUUAUUAUGGCUUUUUCUGCGGCUAUCACGAAGGUAUACGUCGCUGAGAUUUCCUUUCUGACGACAGCACACCAAAGGGAAUCAAACGAGACGGGUCGACUUGAAGAACUCAACGAAACCGGUCGAACAGGAGGGUCUGUAGAAAGAGUUUCCUACUGUAGGAUAAGUUUUUAUCAGCAUGUACCAAGUAGACCUAAGGAAUUGCUUUCCCUUUUCAUGAAAGUUUAUGCUUUUGUGUUUGCCCAUUUUCUGAAACAAACCGAAAGUUAAAAAAAGAUAUACAUUUCUUAGUAAGUCGGUAUACCAGUGUUAAUACGCUUUCUAAACUGUUACUUAUACUAAGACAAGUUUUCAUUUUCAGGUUUUGCACGAAAGGAAAAUCAGCCUGGUAAGUAAAGUCUAUCGGGUUGCCUCAAUCUCGAUUUGAAUAUGUACCACUGUUAUGGAAUAAUUCUUACUAUUCAUUACUUUUGACUGUUCACUACCUUUUCUUAUCUAUACAGAGAUGAUAAACUUUGCCAAGAAGAUUUCUUGGCCAAUUUAUAUUAAUACAAGCUGGUAAUGAAGGCAACGCGACUAACUACUAGCGAACUGCAACGGUUUAAUGGCGACAACAACUCAACGACAUUAAUACGUCUGCCGGGUGCACUAGGUUGAACAACGAAACUUAAUUCGCAUGCAUAGCUAACGACGCCAGCGAGCAGAAAAUUUUGCGAUCCCAGGAAAAGCUCUUCAAGUGCCUGUAUAACUAGUUUCCAAUCAAAUACUGCACGGGUAAUUUUAAGAAAUUCUUUAACUUAUAUACGGAGGAGGUUGUAUCAUACUUCCCUUAUCUUGCAGUUUACUCCAGACGUCUAAAUAUCUUAUUUGGUCUGUAUUUGGUCUAACCGAAUUGGACACGAUGGAGACUAACGACGAUGGGUCCGAUUAUGUUGUCGGUAUCCUGUUCGUUUCCUUCUUAAUCAUCUCAGUGGUUAUGCUAGUCAACAUCCUGAUUGCCUUGCUCACAAAUACCUACAACAAGGUCGAGGUAAAAAAUCUCUGUCCUUGCAUCCACCUCCCACACACCUAUUUCAGCUUGAAAUGAAGCAGUCCGUCCAAAAAUCGAUUUCAGUUUAAGUCUGUGUUGUAACUAAUUUCAAACGAAAGCUUGCUUUUGAAAUGCAUUUAUUUAUUCCCAGUGGUUUGAAUGCCAAACUACAUCCAUAGAAAAGAGAGCUAAGGUACCAAGCUAUCCGGCCAGAAAUAUUCAAUAAAGACAUGCUUAACACCUUCCAAUGCAUGUAACCUUCACUGCGUGCUUGGAUUUGAAUGGAAAAUCUCACUGCUAAUCAAAGAUAAAUGAAAUAAAACGACUCACUUCAGGAUGACUUUGUAUCCUUAUCACUGUUCAAAUUCACAACGCAACUGUCCUUAUUUUCAGACUAAUGCAGACCUAGAGUGGAAAUUUUUUCGCGCGGUGGUAGCAGAAGAAUACAGAAGAUAUCAUCCCAUUGUUGUUCCGUUCAAUAUCAUUUCCUUACCAAUGUCUUUCCUCUACACCAAAAAGUAUGGAGACAACCGAGCAAAGGUUUGAUUGAUGUUAGGAUGGUAAAACUUUUGAAUUUCUUGAAUCACUCUCUUAAAGGAGAAAAAAAAAAACAAUAUUAAAAGUUUUGGUAUUCAGACAUGAAAAUGGUAUACCUUAAAGGCCUAUUAUCAGUCUGGGCCAUAGACAGUUUGUCCAUACCACUUCCCGUAAUACGAUUGGUCUAGACAAAACCAAAACAAACCGAUAUGGCAGAAAGAGAGAAUUGGGAGGAUACUUUUUAUUGUUAGAUUUCUCGUGGCGGCUAUGUUAUAUUGCAUAGUAGACAGCAGAACAGAAUGGAAAAUUUCAAGGGAGACAUUGCUGACAUGUUUAUAUUAGCAAUAUGACCGAGCAGAGUCUAAUUCGGUCUGUAAUCAUACAAAAGAUUAACCAAAUCGGACGACCGCGAGGUAGUGGUCCGAUUUUUAAAUCAUGAGUAUGAUACCAGACAGAAUUGGACGAGAGGAAGUCCUGUUACCAACUAAUCAAACUAUGACAGUGCCAGGUAUAAUACGUAACCUUUUUCGGAAAUUUGUCAAAUUUGUUCGAGAAGUUGUGAGCAACUGUCUGUAAGGUAAACUAAGCUGCGGCGUUUACAUUCUCAUCCCAAAUAAGGCUCUCCUAUUUCCAGGAAUGUCUGCAGUCCAAUGAUAUCUUCUGUCUUUAAGUUUUAUCUUUAGUUGCGUAGCUUGACUUAAAUUAGUUUAAUUCUGAAUACUAAUGAUAGAAAUUCUAACCUCAGAGAGUUAAAGAACGUCAACGAAGGCAUGAAGAGCGCUGCAGAUUGGAGCUCUUUCCUGCACUCACAAGGCGAUACCUGGAUAAAUAUGGAGGCUCAUUUCCACUGUCAAGUAUGUGAAAUAUAAUAUCCGCUUCCUGAUAAGUGAGCAGAGUUUAUUUUUUGAGUGACCUUUUAGAACUUGCUAUCCUUGAUGAUACGAAGAACUUGCAUGAUGGCUUAAACUGUUAGUACAUAUAAUUCUCAACUAAUUAAGAGAAACUUAUUUUUCAUUUCUCUGUUGGCUCUCUCUUCUUUGGUUGUUUCAAUUUGUUUUUAUUUAUGUAUUAUUUGUUUUCCAAACCUCGAUAGGAGGUUUCUAUCGAAAAUAACACCGUAGAUGUCGUGCUGAAAUCUAGCGCUAAUUAAAUUAGUGGGUGAGCGGUAUCCUUAUGCUUAUCUUGCAUAAAAAAUGUAGAAAAGCAUCCAAAUAUAGCAUCAAAUGAAUCUAAAGUUACGAGUGCGUAUUUGCCAGGAGUGAAAUGAAUCUGAGGGACGCCAACUAUAGUCAAUAUGAAACCUUUUAGGUGCUAUUCUGACGGUAAACAUCACCACAGCAUAUGAAUCCGCUUCAGGGUGUCCGUUUUCCUGACAAUUUCAACAUAUACUGGCCGAACUAAAUCCUAUCAGCUGUUCAUUAAAGCCUUUUCCAAGUAGAUAUUUCAAAACAAUAACGGCUGAACCUGUUCCAUUUGUAGAUGAGGAGAAAAUCGACCUAGUAGCUGACAAAUUUGAUCAGCUUGCCAACAAAAUAGACGUACUUGCCAACAAAAUUGAACAACAAGAACAAAAACUUGAUAGAUUAUUGGAGGUGAUGGAAAAAUACAUCAAGCCCAACAGGUUAGACAUUAUUUGCUUCUCAGUUCAAAAUGGAACUUCAGUAAGAAAGAUAGUGCACUAAAAUAUACCGUGAUAGAAAUUGUAUCUUAUAUAUAGACGUUGUCUUGCGAUCUAUCUUUAUUUUACGUUGAAAGAUUCUUUACUUAGACAGCAUUCUUAUGAAUUGAAACUAAUGGUAUCUGUUUCCUCAGACUCCUGUAGAGGUCCUGCAUUCACAAGUUUCCCAACACAACGAUGCUGUCGAUCAUCAAUUAGAUAAGAAUAUACAAAGGCCUUCUGGAGAGGCAUCGGCUGACUUUCAAGAUUAA